AUGGUAGACGUUCGGUUUCGGCUGAACACUGGGGCGGAGAUACCAGCCCUGGGAUUUGGAACCUGGCAAGCAGAGAGAGGAAAAGUCCGCGAGGCAGUCGAGCACGCCAUCAAAGCUGGUUAUCGACAUAUUGACUGCGCUUAUGCUUAUGGCAAUGAGCGAGAGGUGGGCGAAGGCAUAAGGGCGGGCAUUGAGGCAGCUGGGAUCAAAAGAAGUGACCUUUUCGUCACCACUAAACUAUGGUGCACAUAUCACACGCGAGUUGAGCAUGCUUUGGACAAAAGCCUGAACCUACUAGGUCUGGACUAUGUCGACCUCUACCUCAUGCACUGGCCCCUGGUUAUGAAUCCAAAUGGCAAUCAUGACACAAUCCCCAGACUCCCCGACGGAAGACGAGAUCUGCUCACGGAUUGGACGCACGUUCAAACUUACCAAAAGAUGGAACAGCUGCUUCCACAUGGAAAGGUUAAAGCGAUUGGCGUUGCAAACUACAGUGUGAAAUUCCUGGAAGAACUGUUACCACAAAUCAAUAUUACGCCAGCAGUCAACCAGAUUGAAAACCACCCAUUGCUGCCACAGCGAGAUGUUGUGGAGUUCUGUAAGAUGAACAACAUCCACGUAACGGCGUACAGCCCUCUGGGAAGCACUGGGAGCCCACUAACGCAAGAACAAUGUGUGGUCAAGAUUGCCAGCGAGACAGACGCAACACCAGCAAGCGUAUUGUUAAGCUAUCAUACCCAAAGGGGACUAUCUGUGCUUGCCAAAUCUCUUACGUUGUCCAGGAUAGAAGAGAACAUGAAGGCAGUGAAGCUCACCAAGGACCAAAUGGACGAGUUAGAUGCCUUGUCAAGUGCAUGUGUCAAACGAUUUGUGUAUCCAGACUUCGGUGUCGACUUUGGAUUCCCCGACAAGAGCCAAUAA